AUGCUGAUACUCGUACGUUCAACAAGGUCAUUGCGACCGCUUGCUGGGAGAAACAGUCGCCUAACCCGUUCCAGUUUCGUCAACUUCGGGCACAGUUUGAGGCUCAAUUCCACUAAAAACAAUAGCCAUGAUCAAGAUGAUGAGAAGUCCACCAGAGACAUUGCCAAACGCGACGACGACGAGGAGGCCAAAAACAACCUCCAGGAGUUCAAAUUGAAAUCAACGACGUCAAAGUCGGCCCCCGCUCCGAUGGAAUGGAACGGAAUGGAAAAACUCAUGAAGAGCGACAUGAAACCUUACAUUCCGAAACUUCAGCACCAGAGAGCGACUUUUGAAUACCCAGAUUUAUCCAACGAAGACCCCUAUCUCAAGCAAAUGAACAAGCCCAAGACCGUUUCACGCUGGUCAAGGUACUUGCCGCAUAUGUUGACGGUGGUAGUGGUGGUGUGGGGCGCGUACACCGUGAAAGUCUGGUAUUUCGACUCCAAUAAAGAAGAAGGCGAAGACAGCAACGAUUUGCUCGACCCGCUCGUGUUCCACAAGUUUAUCAUCGAGCACAAGGAGCAAAUAGACGAUGACCAUUAUUUGAUUGAGGUUGUCCCCAAGAAUAGCCGGUGGGAGUAUAGUUUCACCGCGAGCCCCGGCCAGAAAUCGCUUUGGGACGGCUCGCGUAUUUGGUCGGUGGAAAUUAAACAACCGCAAAUCAACGUGGUACGAAGUUAUACUCCGUUGCCUUUGUAUUUCAUGAAGUCAGAAUAUACCCGCUCGGGCGAGAAAAAGCCCCUUCUCAAAGUCUUCAAUCCUGAAACUGAUGACAUUGCCAAGAACGGCACCAUGUGUUUCUACAUCAAGAGAUAUGCCAAUGGUGAAGUAUCGCGAUACAUCACCGACAAAAGCGUCGGCGACGAACUAGAGCUUCGCGGGCCUGAAAUCGAGUACAAGUUCCCCUACCACCCCUUAAACAAAGUACAUCAACGGCCAAUAUUCAAGGACUUGCCAUCGAAAGUCUCACCCGAUAACGGCAUUGAUUCCUUGAUCCACGACCAAGGAUACCCCAAGUUGGACAAUAUCGAUUUCUACGCCGCGGGCACGGGGAUAGUGCCGAUCUUGCAAGUCCUCUUCUCCAAGAACCCAUACUUGGGCCACGUCAAUAUCCAUUAUUUUGCACAGAAGCAAGGCGAACUAGGAGCAAACUUGACGCGAUUCCUCUUGUUCUUGGACAAGCUAGAUCGGAUCGAUAUGCAAAUGCAUUUCGAUAACGUGAAACUGACCCAUUUCCAAGUGGAAAAUGUGCCUGUGCCAAAGACGCCCAAUUUCUAUACUCCCAAACGAGUAGAUGAACAAGCGCAGGCGUCGCAUUUAUCCGAAGCAGAUGCCUUGAAGCUCCGAAUGCAAGUCAUCGAGGAAGAAAUUCCAAAGCCGGAAACAGUCAAGAAGAUCAUCAAGUCCGCUGAGGAAAGAGGAGAGCGGUACGCUACGGCGUUGGAGCAAGCGAGCGUCACUUCAAAAGAACAAAAACAACCAGCGGCGUUGGCUAUCGUGUGUGGACCAGAGGGGUUCGUCGAGUACAUGGCGGGUCCGAAGGACCUUGUAAAUAGAGCCCAGGGCCAAGUCACGGGUGUCCUCGGCUCAAAGCGAUGGGAUAACUCCAAUGUAUAUAAGUUAUAG